AUGCAGUCUGUCUUUUCGCCAUCAAGGGAGGACUGCGAACACCCACCCAAUGCCACAGCUACACUGGUAGCUGCAAACGGAAGCCCCAUCUGCUGCUAUGGAACCCAGACCCGCAGAAUAUCCAUCCUGAGUCAGAAGUAUGAGUGGCCCUUUGUCAUCGUGGAUGUCAAGUUCCCCAUACUGGGCGCCGGCUUUCUCCCACAACAUGGUCUGUUGGUGGAUGUCGGCUAUAAACGCCUCCUAGACACCGGAACCUACUACUCCCGCCCGCUCACCGCUGGCCCAGGAAUGCCUAGUGAAUGUGCCGCCAUGUCGUACAAAUACACUACCCUCCUGCACGAAUUCCCAGACAUCUUCAAGCCAGAACUUUGCCAGGUGCCGGGAACACAAGCCAAGCAUGGCAUCCACCACCAUAUCACCACCACGGGCCCGCCGAUACAUCCCAAAUUUUGCUGCCUGCUGCCCAAGAAGCUCCAGAAUGCUAAACAAGCAUUCCAAGAAAUAGAGAGGAUGGGUACUUGCAAAAAGACAUCAAGCCCAUGGGCCUCCCCCCUUCCACAUGGUGAAGAAGCCAGACGUUUCCUGUGCCAGUACAUCCUGACGACAUCCCAAAGACAGCUAUUAUCACACUGUUCGGAACAUGCACCUUCUCCUACUCCACCUUCAGCCUCAGGAAUGCCGGGGCCACAUUCCAAUGUCUGA